AUGUCUCAGCCUCUUUCGGAGCUCUGCACACUGCUAGUCGACGACCUCUAUGGUGAACUAUGCUCGCGCGUAUUCGCAAUCCUUAUACAUUACGGACGGCUGUCUUUACAAGGAUUACUGAAAUAUUCAAGCCUUACGGUCCGCCAUCUGAAGCAUGGUCUGGCUGUACUGAUACAACAGCACCUCAUUCUCCAUUACACACCAGAAGAUGACGACAUAACUUUCUACGAAGCCAAUUGGCAACAUGCUUAUGGUCUCGUCCGUUCGGGCAAGAUCGUGCAGAUCAUCGAAGACCGAUAUGGCGAAGCCAGUGGCGGCAUAGCGACAAAUCUACUCCUUCUGGGACACGUCAGAGUCAAGGAUAUGGCAGAGGCUUACGGAGUUCAAAAGAAGAAGCGCAACACAGCCAACGGGCAUACUCCUGCCUUUGCCGAGGAAGACCUUAUCCAGACUAAUGCGCAACUGCACUCGAAAAUCCGCGAACUUGAGCAGGGCGGGUAUAUUAUUCGCGUUGACGAGAAACACUUCACGCCACCUGAAGAUCUACACAAUGAAGCCGAGCGCAUUGUACGGUCUGACUGGUUGAAGGAGCAUCCGAAGGAUUCUAAGAAGGAUAAUGACCGUAAAAUAAAAGUAAACGACUUGAAGCGAAAGUGGAGGGACGGGGAGGGUCGCGCCCAAAAAAAGAGUGGAAAGCUUAAUUUGCAAAAUUUAGAGUCACUCCUCAACGACGGAGAUGCACCAGCCCGCAAGAAAAGAAGAGUCAAUGGCAAUCGAGCAAUCGCCGCCAUGAGUGAUAGCGAUGAUGAGCAGGCAGAUGCCCCUAGCCUGUUCGAUGACGAGACUGCUUUCCGUAUCAACAUAGAGAAAUGCGAAGUCGCUAUGCGCAAUCAACGUCUGGUCGAGUUCGCGACACGAUAUAUUGGUUCUGCCACUGCGAAAGUAUACGAAGCGCUUCUGAGAUGUUUAGAAGAUAAUGUCAUGCGGUGUCGAGAUGAGCUUUCUUUGGCAGUCUCUCAAGACGAUGAGAUGGAACGUGCUCCGUACGUCAAUACGGGUGCCAUCAUGAAUGCAUUGGCGAAAGAGAAGAUGGAUCUGUCUUUAGGAAAGCCGAAAAAGCGUGAGGCAGAGAGGGCGAAUGGAGUCAAUGGACAUCAUCGUAGCCAUGAUGGGGAAGGAAGUGAAGCAGCAAGAGAAGCGGAAAGGGAAGCAGAGCAGAACCUUACAGAUGAGCAAAGACGGGCUCAAUCUAUUGAACAGCAGCUGGAACUGCUUGCCGCUGAUCCACGACAUUUCAUCACCAAUGUCGGCCGCGGCAAAUGGAAAGUUAACUAUCGGUCUCUCACACAACAGCUUCUGUCACAUGAUAUCGAGACCACCAUUAAGGACAAGUUUGGGGACUACGCUGCUAUGGCAAUGCGAAUUAUGAAAGACAAAGGAAAGCUUGAUGAAAAGCAAAUCUCCACCUACGCAUUGUUACGCACAAGGGAGCUACGCAGCACUCUUGGCCAAAUGCAAGGAGCUGGAUACGUCGAGAAUCAAGAGAUACCGAAGGACAAUUCGCGCCAGCCAAGCCGUACUCUCUAUCUGUGGUUCUUCGAUGAGGAUCGCUGCAGGCAACUGAUCUUGACCGACGUAUACAAGAGCAUGAGCCGCAUCCUUCAGCGGAUCAAGUCCGAGAAGUCUGUCGUACAGCCGGUAAUUGACAAAGCCGAACGAAGUGAUGUUGUGGGACACGAGGACGAUUUACUCACAAUUAUCGAAAAAAAUGCGCUACGCUCGUGGAUGGAAACCGAAGAGCAGCUUUUGGCUCAGCUUUCUCGACAGGAUGAUUUGGUAGCAGUACUCCGGGACUACCAAAUGCCUUAUCUCAGGCCUACCGACGAGGAUGCUUAG